ACCAACACAAUUUUAUCAGUUUAUCAACACUUUUGAGCCACUGGUGGAGAAAGACACAGAUGGCCAAGAACUUCUGGGCACUGUGCGCCUCCAUUCUCGCCCUGCGACUCCUGGCUCAAGCGGCGGAGAUUCCACCGUCGCCGUUGCCGUGGCCGGACCGCUUCCACGCCCUGCUUUACAUGAACCUGUCGACGGGGCAUCUUCAGAUCAGCAACCUCUGGUACGACUGGCCGAGAGGCCUGAACGUGAACAUAAUCCAGAAGCAGCUCGGCCCGCUGCUCUAUGACGUCGAGUGGAACAACGGUACGACGUUCUACUACACGCUGGGCGAGGGCGCCGGCUGCAGUGCCGUCGACUUCGGGGUCGGAAUCCUCCGGCCGGACUUCCUCGACGGCGCCGAGUACCUGGGAACGGCGGUCACCGACGGGUUUCUCUGCAACGUCUGGGAUAAGGUGGAUUUCAUGUGGUACUACGAGGAUGUGCUCACUCGCCGCCCUGUGCGGUGGGAUUUCUACGACGGAAUUUCUACUCAUGUGAUGACGUUUGAGGUCGGGGCAGUGCUGCGAGAUCCAUUGAUUCAGGCGCCGGCGUACUGUUUCAGUGAAAACGAAGCUCAGGUGAAGCAGGUGAAAGGCUUAGAUUCUACGGCGAAGAUUUCCUUCUUGGGAGAGGGAAGCAUUUAUUAAAUUAUUAGGCAUAAUUAGGUGAACGGAGACUGCUAUUUAAGAUGGGACUGAUGGAUCAGCGUAAUGAUACUGGUUUUAUCAUUUGUUAAAAUGAGUAGAUGGUGUUUGGAGCUCUGUUUUCA